AUGAAAAUAGAGAAUUCUGAAAAUGAUAUUUACAAUCACUUGUAAGAUGAUGCAAUAAACUAAACUCAAGAUAAUUUAGAUGAUUAAGGAUAAUUAGAAUAGAAUGCUUAGAAUACUUCUUGGUUUGCAAGAACUUGUGGAACAAUGAAAAAAGGAUCACUGAGAUAAUCUAUAAUUGCUCUUAUGUGUGCUGCAAUGGGUUCAGGAAUGUUAUCCUUUCCAUGUAUAUUUAUAUUUAUUUUAAUAUUAUAGCAAAUCCUGUUUAAUCUGGAUUAAUUAAUAGCAUCAUAUUGAUGAUUAUAUGUGCAUUAUUGUCUAGAUUUUCUAUGCAUAUACUAAUGAAGUGUGCAUUCAAAAAUAAUUAACAUUCAUAUGCAGAAUUAGUCAAAUUUGCUUUAGGUUCAAAAAUGUAAAAAUUUUAUUCAGUGGAUAUGAUUUGUUAUACUUUUGGAGCAAUUGUUUGUUAUUAGAUUUUGUUUAUAUAAUUCCUUUGGUAAGUCUUAUUAAUAUGUGGAUUUGAUUAAUCAUAUUAGGAUUAAGUCAGAUAUAUCGGUGGAGCUUUAUUUAUGAUUCUUAACUUCCCUAUAAGUAUGAUGAAAGAUUUAUAUUCAUUAAGAUACUUUACUGUUGUUUAAAUAAUAAUUAUAGCAUAUAUUUUAGUAAUAAUAAUCAUAUACUUCUUCACUGAAUUUUCAAAUCUCUUUGAUGAUAGUAAAAUUGUAUAUUUUGAUUUUAAUAUUGAAUUAACAAGUACAUUUGCAUCAACAUUUUUUGGUUUUAUUUGUCAUUAGUUAAUUUUCCCAAUAAGAUCUGAAUUAAAUAGAUCAAGUUUCAGAAGAAUGUCCAAAAUAUUCAAUAGAGCCAUAUUUUCAGAACUAAUCAUUUAUUUAACAUUAAUGAUCUUUGGUUAUUUGACCUUAUUUUAAUAAACACCAAAAAUUAUUAUUGAUGGUUAUGUAGGAAACAUUGAGUUUACUUUUGCUUAAGCCUUUUUUGCAUUUAUUAUGUUUUUUGCAGUUCCUAUUAACUUGAAUCCAUCUAGAUAUACAAUUUUGCAAUUAAUUGAUAAAGAAAAUAAUUGGAAUGCUUAUGUAAUUUGUACAGUAGUCUUAUAAUAUUCAACUGGAAUUAUUGCUAUGAUAUAUCCAAAUGUUAAGUAAUCAAUAAGUUUUAUAAAAAUUAGGGCAAUUUUUGGUUUAUUAGGAGGAAUAUUUGGUAUGAUUAUGGUUAUUGUAUUACCAUGUUUGAUUUAUAUUAAAUUGGAACUUAAAGAUGGUAAAAAGUGGUUAGAUUUCAAUAUUAUGUUUACAUUUUUGAUAAUGAUUGUGGCUGGCAUUUCUGGAUUUACAGGAGCAAUAGUAAGUUAAAUUUAUUCAUGA